UUCUACAUGUCUUAUUAGGUUUCAGAGAAGAAGAGAGGAGGCGGAGCAAGUAGCUACCACGUUAGUUAGUGGUUUCUUAGUAGUUGGUUGUUCUUCCACAGCAGAUAAGCAGCAGGUUGUCAGCAUUUUAAUCUAAAAAUGAACGGGUUAGACGAGGAACCAAUGGCACCACAGACCUUUCUUUACGGGUGUGUGUUGGAAGCUGGAAAGGCGGUGGUGUUCAAUCCAGAGGAUGAUGAAUUUGAGCAUCAGCUAGAUCUAAGGAUGGCCUGUGUGGACCCCAGCACGAAAGAUGAACUUCACAUGGUGGAGGUGGAAGGACAAGACACCGAGGGUCAGAUCAUCAAGGCAGCACUGGUUUCACUUAAGCCCUCUACCCUGCCAAGUGUGUGUCUCGGUGGCUUCACAAUCUCACCCCCAGCAACUUUCCGUCUGAAAGCAGGUGCUGGUCCAAUCCACAUCAGUGGACAACACCUUGUCAUGAUGGGGGCCGAUAUGUCGUCUGAUGAUGAAGAUGAUGAUGAAGAGGAGGAGGAAGAUGUCAGAACAUCAAAGAAAAGACCUGCUCCCUCCCCUGCCCUCAAGACUCAGAAAAAAAUUAAAAUGGAGGAGGAUGAUGAUGAUGAUGACGAUGAAGAUGAUGAGGAUGAUGAUGAAGAUGACGACGAGGAGAGCGAGGAAGAGUCCCCUGUUAAGGCCAAGCCGACCCCAUCCAAACAACCAGCCCCUGCUCAGAAUGGCAAGAGUCCUAAACCUGUCACUCCAGCCAUAAAGCAGGAAAAGACCCCUAAAGGUAAGGGUGACAAGUCGCCUAAACCCCCAACAACUCCCAAAGGAACUGCCUCGACUCCUGAGAUUAAAGCCAAGAUGAUGGAGUCAGCGAAGAAGGGAGUAACAUUACCCAAAAUCCAGUCCAAGUUUGAGAACUUUAUGAUGAAAUGUCAUAAUGUCUCAGACCCCAAGGUUAUUGCGGAGCUGUGGAAGUGGAGACAGACGUUGAAGGAUGAUAAAUAAGUCUCAGUAGUUUUAUUAUUCCUUUUUUAUGACCUAUUUCUACCCAUAGCACCUCUCAAACCCUCUGAAGCCAAACUCAGUGCCUCACAAGUCAAUAAUUCCAUUUCUAGUCCAGCUCCACCUGCCCUCCUGUACAAGGACACUCAAGAGAUAGUGAUGUGGAUGCUGACAGUGCACUCUGGAGUUGCAUUGUCUUUUCUCCUCCCAUCACCCUUUCAUUGGGGCAGUGAAAUGAUUUGGUUUGUUGAAUAAACCCUGGGAGAGCCAGCUUACAAAUUUGCAUCUUUGUAAAUGUGUAAAUAAAAUUCUCGCUAGAUUGUUGGCACCCGGGUAUGGAGGAUAUCUUCAUGUUUUUAUAUAUAUAUACCUUAAAUAAUUUGGCCUCAGGCAGGAACAAUACUGCAUCACAUCAUUACACUUAAAACGCAUACAAGGCUAGCAACCACACAGCUCAA